AUGUCUUCGAGAGCAAACGUACAAAUGAGAGCAAGAAGGAGUUCCACAGGCUCAAGAAGUGGAAAAGGACGUCGCACCAUACUAUUACGACAUGCCUGCUAUAUCUGUGGCGGUCUGAUGAGUAAUGCCGGACCCACUUUAAACCACCUCUAUAGCAUCCAUGGUUAUGAUCUUCCUUCUCGAGAGCGAAGCCGCAGAAGACCACAAGAGCCGGCCUAUGAGUAUGUACGUGAUCCACAAAUGGGAUAUGAUGAAGUCCAUCUUGCCUGUCCGUCGUGCUGGUUUCAUUGCCCCGAUGGUGAUUUGGAUGCGCUCUGUAAGCAUACGCAAGAUGAACAUGAUCCUGUCGAAGUGGACAUGGAAAAGAGAGAUGCUAUGAUGAGAAGACCUUCCAGAAGUCGAUCCAAUAGUGUUACAAGCACCCGCCAAAGCAGCCAGCCUCCCCCUCAUACUACUCCCAGUCAAGAAGAAACAAAUGAAACAAAACAGAUUGCCAAGAAGCUUGCUGAACUAACCGAACUCUUCCAAACCUUUUUCAAGAAAUAAAGUAGCUCUUCUUUUUACAUCAUUAUUG